AUACCAUCUCCAAUCUACGAAGAAGAAUGGCGCGUUGAUGAACACAACGAAGCCCCGAGAAUUUGGGGAGAUCAUCUUCGUCUGUCAACAUCGUUGAGGUCUAGAAGCGCGUUCCUGUUCGGGCGCGAAGCCGAUUUCUGUCAAAAGCGUGCACAGGAUGGAAUCAUUUCCGACCGCGGAUGAACUCCUCGUACAGGUACCGGCGGAAUCCAUGCAGACGCUUCUUGCUUCUCAUCGACAUCAUGCCUCCCCGCUCGGCUCCAGCAUCCCAGCCUUGGAUGAUCAUGUCUCCAGCCUUAACUCACAGCAGCCUACUCCGCUUAGGCGAGGAGACGUUGUCGAAAUCCAGGGGCCCGCUGCUAGUGGCAAGAGUCAUUUGCUCUAUCAUCUCCUGACUACUUGUGUCCUACCUGUCGCGCAUCAUUCUGUCUGUAUCGGCGGUUGGGAGUGCGCUGCAGUAUUGCUCGAUACCGACGGCAAGUUCAACAUCAAGAGGUUCCGCCGCCUACUCACUUCUCGUCUGUCCAAACUUCGCGUCACCCAAGAUACCGCACUACCUGCCGUUGAUGAUCAAACACUGGAAGACAUCUUGGGCCUAUGCUUGUCCCGACUGCAUGUCUUCAGACCAUCAUCUUCUGCACAAUUGGCUGCGACUCUGGUCCAUCUACCUGACUACCACUCAACGCACCCUUCUCUCCGAUCACACGAAAUUGGUCUUCUCGCCAUUGAUUCCCUUAGCGCCUUCUACUGGGGUGACCGAUUUCUGGUCGAACAAUGGCGUACUACCUCCGGGAAUGCCGCUUCCACUACUCCGAUACCCACGGAACUUGCCAGUCCAAUGCGCCAUGUCGUUGCCGCUGUGCAAAGGGUCCGUGCAUUGCGCGGGCCUCUGACCGUCUUGACGAACUGGGGCCUCAACCCUUCCAAGAGGCCCGCUGACCUCGGGGAGCAAGCAUAUCCGCUCUAUAAGCAGCAUCUGCAUCCCUUCCCAGCCCCCUUCGACACUACGGUGGCCACUGCCUUGCCCCCUCGUAUCCGUCCAGUCCCCGCCCAACCGCAAACUUCUGCAGGCCCCGUUUGUCCUACUGAGGGUCAAGACGCAUUCGAGCCCUCGGGCUCGUCGGAGACCAGACAAUUGUUCUCGAUUACGCAUCACAUAACGCUCUAUCCAUCACUCGCAGAGCCCUACCCUGCAUCGCUCACACUCUCCGAGAUCAAGGGCGACUCUCACCCAAGUUCUGUCAUUGCGCCGCACACAGUUACUCACCAAGGACUGGUCAGAACGCCGGCAAGUGUACUAGCAACACGUUUCGCCUUCCGUGUCACCGAAGAUGACAUCGUCUUUGAGCCGUCGGCCGAAGUGUAGGUGCGCGAUGGGCAACUGUCAUUGCGGGAAGUACUCGGACGUACGUGCACUCCCAUGCGUUCAAGCAUGUCAGUUCACAGACAGUCGUUACAUUUAUCGACAGUCUAGUGUUUCCGUUUGGCAGCUAUUAUCAUCCUCCCAUUGUCACAAUACAUGCUCCUUGAUAUAUUGUUGACCCCUUGCCUAUCAUUGUUGCGAGGCAGUCAACACUUGCGGCGCUUCAAGUCAUCGUACCUCAGAACCUCCGCUGUUUCAUCCGUGGCACAGGG